AUUCACUAUAUCUGGUCUCCCACAGUAAUUAUAACAUGGAAAUGCAAUUAUGUUAGUAAAUAUAAACUGCUAAAUACCUUUCUCACCUUCUAUCAGUGUCCAGCAGGGCUCUGGUUAGAGCUUGUAGGAUGAGUUUUCUUUCUGCUCUAGGAGGAUGCAAAACCCCUGACCUCUGUCUAGACAGUGCUGAUUGGCCCUGUGCUGAUCACAUGCACUCUCCCAAGAAAAAAAAAACAUCCUUUCUAACAAUACCCAUCAAACUGAGCAUGCGCAGAGUGUCUCCACACGAUAUGUCUUAUCAGGAGAUAAGAGGGAGACACUGGAAGAAGGGGAGGAUCAGAGAAGUCAGGAUCAAACAGCAUUUUUAAACAAUGCAGAGGAUUAACCCCUUAGGUUGCACAGUGAGAAAAAUAAAUAUGAUUUACUGCAUAUACAGACUGAUUUUACUGUUGUGGGUUUAG